GGACGAGAGAGAGAAUGAAGAGUUUGCCCUUUUAAAAAAAAUUAUGUACACAUUAAUGCUGUCCUUGUCUGUCUGAGUUUAAAAGACAGUUUCAGUUGCCUGGGCUGCACUCUGGUGGGAGCCAUCAUGGAGAGAGCUGUGGUGCAAAUCACCCUCCUUGGGCUGCUGCUGGCUUUGGUUACCACACUGCCAAACAAGGAUGACUGGGACAUCUACAGUUUUCACAUCAACUCCACAGUGAGCAGUCGGUAUGCCACCACUGUCAUCACCAGCCGCGUGGCCAAUCGCAUGGAUGCCUCAAAAGAAAUUGAAUUCCAUGUCCAGAUCCCCAAGAAUGCUUUCAUCAGUAAAUUCAGAAUGUUCAUAGAUGGGCAGGCGUAUGAUGGUAUUGUGAAAGAGAAGGAGCAAGCUCAGCAGCAGUACACUGAGGCUGUGUCCCGUGGUGAAAGCGCUGGGAUUGUCAGUUCUGUAGGGAGGACCAUGGAGGAAUUUAAAACCUCCGUGACCAUUGCUGCUCACAAAAAAGUGACUUUUGAGCUGACAUAUGAGGAACUGCUGAAACGCAAGCUUGGCAAGUAUGAGCUGCAAAUCCAUGCUCGCCCCAUGCAGCCUGUCAAAGACUUCAAGGUUGAUGUGUACAUUCACGAGAGAGCCAGCAUCAAUUUCCUGGAGGUAAAAGGAAGACUAAGCACCAAUGCUCUGGCUAAUGCCAUCACCAAAACACAUGCAGACAAACAGGCGUGGGUGUAUUUCUACCCCACAGAGGACCAACAGAAAACAUGUGACAGCUGUGGAGAACAGGGUUUGAAUGGAGAUCUGGUCAUUGUUUAUGAUGUCAACAGGGACAACUCACUGGGAGACAUUAAGACAUCGGAUGGGUACUUUGUUCAUCACUUUGCUCCCUCCAGUCUUCCCCGCAUACCAAAGAACGUUGUCUUUGUCAUUGACCAAAGUGGCUCCAUGCAUGGCAGAAAAAUACAACAGACCAGAAUAGCUUUAAUCCACAUCCUGGGUGACCUGGCAGAGGACGACUUCUUUGGUCUCAUCACUUUCGACAGUGCAGUUUUUCACUGGAAACGAGAACUGGUUCAAGCCACCCAGGCAAACGUGGAUAGUGCCAAGAGAUUUGCACAGGGUAUUAUGGAUAGAGGAGCCACAGACAUAAACAAAGCAGUGUUGGAAGGAGCGUAUAUGUUGAAUGCACAUCCCAGAGAGGGCUCAGCAUCUAUCCUUAUACUUCUCACUGAUGGAGACCCAACGACAGGGGUGACAAAUCUCGAAGCCAUACAUUCAAAUGUGAGACAGGCCAUUGCAGGGAAAUUCCCACUCUACUGUCUUGGUUUUGGCUUUGAUGUAAAUUUUGAGUUCCUCAAGAAGAUGUCGCUGCAGAACAGUGGUGUGGCGCGACGGAUUUAUGAAGACUCUGAUGCUGAUUUGCAGCUGAAGGGUUUCUAUGAGGAGGUGGCCACUCCUCUGUUGACAGAUGUGACGAUGAUCUAUAUCGGUGGGACCAAUCUAACCCAGACUAACUUUAGCCAGUAUUAUAAUGGCUCUGAGAUUGUGGUGGCCGGUCAGAUCACUGACAACGACAUUGAAACCUUCAACCCACAAGUGGUGGCCAUUUCGGGGACCAAAAGGGUGACAUUUUCUGACACAAACGCCACCACAGAGUCCACUGGAACAUCAUCUGACAGCCACAUCCAGAGGGUCUGGGCCUACCUCACAGUCAAACAGCUUCUGGAGAAAGAGCUGCAGUUAUCUGGUCAAGAGAAGGAGCAAGUGAAGAAAGAGGCCUUGGAGCUGUCGUUGAAGUACAGCUUCGUGACUCCACUCACAUCCAUGGUGGUCACCAAGCCUCCGGGAGAGGACACGGCUGUGCUCCAUAAACCCAAGGAAGGUGAGAACCCGCAGCUGGAGGGUUCUGUAGUGCCUGCUCACCAUAAAUUAACAAUGCUGAAAAGUCAAAGGAGUCAAGGAGGGGGUGUAAGCAGUUAUGCACAUCGUCCUUCUAGCUUCCCUAGGGGAGGGGGUUCAAGUGGUUAUAUGCAUCGUCUUUCUAGCUUCCCUGUGGGGGGUGCAAGCGGUUAUGUACAUCAUUCUCCUAGCUUCCCUGUGGGCGGUGCCAAAAAAGCUAGGAAACAGAAGACGCAGAGCCGCAUUUGGGAUACAGCUAAUUAUCCAGUUGCUGGUGGCGGGGCAGGUUUUGGCGGCGGGGCAGGUUUUGGCGGUGUUGUUUUUCAACGUGCAGCAUUACCACCUCGUCUUGCUGAACCAGAGUUCUUGCUCAUUGCUGGGGCGGACUUGGAUGCUGAUUAUCAGGAUUAUAACACUGUUGCAGCUACCAUGAGCAGUCCUGCAGCCACACAAGCCACUGUUCCUCUUUCCCACAGGUUUUUGCUAAAAACUGAGAAUCAGUCUCUCCCACUUUGCUUUGAUGUCACUGGAAAUAUCCGCCUUAAACUACUUCACUAUCCCAACAGGGAGCUGUCUAUGAACGGUGAGCUUGAUUCUGUAGCAAAUGGCGGUUUCACAAAGAUCAUCAUCCACUUCAAAAGUGACCAGCAUGUCGAGGUUGACACCAGUGAAAUCACUGUACGUGAUGGAGAGGCACUGACACGCCACACUGGAGAGGAGCUCAUCACAGCUGGGAGUGUGACAGUAAUCAGGAGGAACAAGGAAGUAGAUGUUGCAGCUGGCGACGUACGCAUCAUCAUCUUAACUCAUGAGAAGGACGGGAAGGAAUUCCUGUGGCCGGUUUUAAGACAGCAGCCAUCUGCCAACAAUGCUGAAGGAAUUUUAGCUCUUAAGCCACCAGUUUAUGAGGAGGUGCAGCAAACCCCCUUAACGAAACUGAAGAUCAAAGACCAGGAGGUUGAUGUUACCAGAUCCAGUGCUGCUGACUACAGUGUUGUCUCUCCCCCAACACUGGACUGCUGGCUCAUGUCCGCUGACUCUGCCUUGCAGACACGCCUGGAUGAUUUCAUCGUUACACAGCUUUAACUGGGAACCAUGUUCUAUCACAAGAAAAAAAAACUUUCCAUGUGUUACUAACAUAAACAAAUAAAUAGUGUCCCAGA